AUGACUUCGUUAAACCUGGAAUGGGGGUGUUGUACUGCAGGCAAUGAAGAUGACAAUUAUGUAAAAUGCUCAAAAUGCAAAGCAGCUUAUCACUAUCUAUGUCUCUCUGCGGGACAGAAAAAGCUUAUGCCCACUAACGUCCCUAAGGAUUGGUUGUGCCCUAAAUGCAGAGAAUCAACACCCAAGGGGUCCAAAAAUGACAACACACCAAUUCGUCAGUUGCAGAAUGUCACCGUGCGCCCUUCAAAAAGGCCUGCUAUGUCGUCUCCACCGUGUAAACAAGACUCCCUUGUAACGCGUGAAGGAAUCCGCGAAAUUAUGGAAGAAGUUCUAUUAAAGCAUAUGGAGGAUUUUAAGAUGCAUUUUUGUUCUGAAUUAUCUAGAGUGAAAGAAGAAGUAUCUAGCAUAAAUAAAGCUAUGAAUUAUAUGAGCGACCAAGUAGAGGAUAUUUUGUUAAAAUAUAAUGAGAGUCAUAGUCUAAUCAAAACGCUGCAAAAACGCGAAGGUGAAAUGCAAUCGAGUAUUAAAAAUCUCACUGCUCGCAUAAACCAGCUAGAACAAAAUACUCGUAGCAAGAAUAUUGAAAUACAAUGCGUUCCGGAGAAAAAAUCAGAGAACUUAAUAGGCAUCGUAAAGCAACUUAGCAACGUAGUGGGGCUUGACCUUCAAGACGAAAACAUUAUCCAUGUUACAAGGACAGCCAAAGUAAAUCCUGAGAGUAAACGGCCACGUUCCAUAAUAGUAGAACUAAGUAAUACAAGGGUCCGGGACUCUUUUCUGUCUGCGGUCAUAAAAUUCAACAGGCUGAAGAGUAACAAGAGUGACAAGCUGAAUAGUACUCACCUUGGCUAUUCGGGCCCCACUUCAGCAAUUUUCGUCAUGGAACACUUAUCCCCUGUUAACAAAUCACUACAUGCUGCAGCCAGACAGAUUGCUAAAGAAAAGGAUUAUAAAUACGUGUGGGUGCGAGGCGGACGUAUAUUCAUGCGUAAAAGUGACGUUUCAAGGUACAUAUACAUUAAAGACGAUAGUGUUCUUUCUAACUUAAAAUAA